UUUGGGCUCUGCUCGGCCUCCGUAGGACUGUUCUGCGCGUGCGCGGCCAAACUUAGAAGAAGGUUAAGAUGGCGGCCUCCAUGGCUGUGUCCCGGACGAUCCGAUGGCUGGGGACCGCGGCCCGGCGGGCGGCCCCUCUGGGAGCCCGGGCAGCCUCGGGCCUCAGCAAGGACAUGCUCCCGGGACCGUACCCCCGCACGCCGGAGGAGCGCGCCGCCGCCGCCAAGAAGUACAACAUGCGGGUGGAGGACUACGAGCCCUACCCGGACGAGGGCUUCGGGUAUGGUGACUAUCCCAAGCUUCCAGACCGCUCUCAGCAUGAACGAGACCCAUGGUAUAAUUGGGACCAUUCUGAAUUGAGGCUAAACUGGGGUGAACCGAUGCACUUUGACUUUGAUAUGUAUACUCGGAAUCGUGUGGAUACAUCCCCCACAGCUGUCUCCUGGAACACCAUGUGUAAACAUUUCUUUGGCUUCUUAGGCUUCAUGAUGUUCAUGUUCUGGGUAGGAGAGAUGUUCCCCUGCUAUCAGCCUGUGGGUCCGAAGCAAUAUCCUUAUAACAACCUGUACCUCGAGCGAGGAGGUGAUCCUGACAAAAAGCCAGAGCCAGUGAUACACUAUGAAAUCUGAAGGACCUAGCCUGCAGGGUCCCCGACUUUCUCCUCUGCAAGCCUACUCGAUCAUGAAGAUUUAACCUUAAUGAAAUACCUAAUGAAACUCA